AAAAACAAUGGAGAACUAUACUACUCAAGCUGCUCAUCUCGUUCAGUCGCCGUCUUCUGCCGAGCUUGGCGAGACGAUCGAACAGCUCCGGGUGAAGCUGAGGGCGCAGUACGAUGAAUAUGUGCGCUGGUUACGCGACACGGCGAGUUCAUCUGUUCCAUCAUCGGUUCCUCAAAUCACCAUGGUGAAUCCGGAUCUUCCACCAUCUCGGCAACAAACCAUCACGACGAGUCUAUAUCUUCCACCCUCAGAUCCUACACCGCAAAGGACCUCAGAAAUCUCUUUUGGGACAUCUGUUGAACAAGUGGUGGGCGUUCAAGUCCAAAAGGCUUAUUACACAGAUUGGACCUUUAAGGAUCCAUUUGUUGCUAAAAAUUUCAGAAAGCGAAGGAUGCGCUUCAGGCAAAGCUAUCACAAGGCUCGGAAAAGAAAUAUGAAGAAGGAUCAUCGUUAUCACUCUUUGCAUCUGGCCUUCCGAGUUCGUUCACCACGGAAUCAGUUGUACCUAGGUGAUGAUAGGUUCCGUUCGAUAGCAGUUCUUAUGGCAAAGGAAAAGCAACAAAGAGGAACUCGAAGAGCUCUUUUCAAGCAUCGAUUCCACGAGUUUCAGAAAAGAAGGUCAAGAGAAAGAUAUCGAGUGGUGAUAGCCUCCUUCAGAUCGAAGCAUUACUCUUGGGUAGUUGCUAAGAAAAAGGUGAAAAACAGCUCUCAAUUGUUUGCGUUCCCUCCUUUGAAUCAGUUGAAUGUGAGUGUUGAUGACCUUAUCUCGGCAUCAACACCGGAUUCCAAAGUUUAUGCAACAUCUCCAAAGCCGUUACCAAAGGUGAAAAAUAAUGGAAUGAAACGAAGAUUCGAAUGCGAGAGGGGAUCAAGAAAGAGAAGUUCAGCGUUGGCAACAUGUUUGGCAAACUAUGGUAUGCGAUUUGGUUAUACUUGUUCUGCAAAAUCUAGAACUCAUUUCAAACAAUUGCAGGAGAAGGGUCCUUCUCAAGAGAAGAGAGCGGGUAAAGAAGAGGAAUUACUUUGGUUCCCUCCUAAGAAUUAUGUGUCGGGGAAGCUUGGUGCAGAAUUAGCUAAUCAUGGAAACAGCUUAGAAGAGAGUUUCAAGCUUGAUACCGUUUCAAUUAUGACAAAGAAUGACUCAGGUCUGCUGUUGGAAAAGUUUGUGGCUUAUGUCAGAUGUCUCUCUGUUCAAGUGGGUACCAAAAAGAAUCUGUUCAAUGAUUUAUUUCAAGAUAACCAAGUAUGGGAACCUGGUGGGUUCUUAGCUGGCCAAGCUCUACAUGACUGGUUAGUGGAAUCUUCUGGUUUUGAUAAAAUGGUUGAUGUUGCUAAGCAUCUACGGAGGAGACUGAAAAUAUAUUGUAAGCUUGGGGAAGUGAGUCUUGUUGUCCAUGAUGUUAAUGGAAGAACAAUCGGUGAAGGGUCUAAUGGGAAUCAUAAUCUACUUCUACGAAGGAUUCAGGAAUUCAUUAGUAGGGUCAAGGAGUUUCAAGCAACAUCUCAGGAUCUGCAAUGUCGUCAAGCUGAGGUUCUUACUUCUGCAAGUAAAGCUGGAACAGGCAAGACACUACAUUACAACCUUGUACCUGCUAACUUUAAUUGGGAACCAGGUGGAAUCUCAGCUGCACAAGUUGAACUAGAUUGGUUAGUGGUUUGCUUUGGUCGUGAUAUAAUUGUUCACGAUGCUAAUAUUGAAGUUUGCAACGACAUUAAAGAACCAAUGGAUCAUGGAAAAGCUAAUCGUGUAUGCGAGUGUGGUGGUUUAGAAGAUAGUCAGCUUCUGUGGGAUUGGUUCGAGAAGAGUAGUAUACAUAUUGAACUGGACAUUGCUGAGUUUUGGGGAUUCAAAACAUUUGGUAAGGAGUUUCUAGUGUCAAGCCAGAAGAUACAGCAAAGUCAUUACAUGUUCCUAAAUGGACCCAAGGAGAAGACACAAAAGCUAGAUAGUGAGUGUAAUUGGGUAAUUUUGGAAGCUUUAGCAUCGCUGCUACAGAACAAUCAGCGC